AUGCAAUGUCCAGAACAUGACAAGGAUAAAGUGAAACGUGUGCUUGACCUUUGGUAUGACAAAGAGACUUAUAAUAAGGAAACUAUUCAAAGAAUAAAAGACACCCAUUUUAAUCAAACUACUUCACUCACUCAAUUGGUUAAUGAGAUAAAAUCAGUAAAUGUUUCUUCUUCUAAUAAUGAUCCUAACAACAUGAAUCCAACAACAAUGGAUUCUUCAACAUUAUUGGCCACUUUGAAUAAUCUUGCGCAAGGAACUUUAAACAUCCCACCAUUCCUAUCAUCUAAUCCAACACCCAAUGUAACAAUUCCAUAUAACAACCUUCCUGUCAACUCUAGUCAACUUCCUCAUUCUCACCUGCAUGCAAUUCCACCUCAUCAAAUUCAGCAACAACCGCUAAUUACUUCAUAUGCGACAAAUAUUGCACCACUAUCAACGAAUCCUUCUUUAGCUAAUAUUAAUAAUAACUAUCUAUUUGCAAUGGAACAACAACCAAAUGGUCCUUUUGUGCCACCACCAGGUUAUUCUGCUCCAUCAAUGAUACCUGGUCAUCCAUUAAUACCUUCAAUCACUCAUCAGUUGGUAUCUAAACUAGCUCAUAAUGUACAAACAUCAUCAUCGCCACCUGCUGCUGUUACUAGUGCUACCGCUACUAAUAUUACUGGUUCUGCUGGCACCGAUCCGUCUCAACAACAACCUGGUCAAAUAUCUGCCCCAAUUCAGCCAAUCCCUCAAAUUUCAGCUGUUAUUCCGGUUACAACAGCUGCCCCAGUUACUCAACCAAUAGUACAUCAAUCAUCAUUGUCAUCGUCGCCAUUACCACAGCAACAACAAACACAAAUACCACAAGAUAUAUGUCUUGUAUAUGAGGAUCCAACUGUUGGAAUGGAAUAUAUCAAAGUUUUAAGUCGAACACUUUAUGUUGGUAGUGUUUCAGAAGAAAUGCCCAAAGAUGUUAUGCAAGAAAUGUUUAUCCAAUUUGGUCCUGUCUCGACUGUUACGAUUAAUUAUGAAAAAAAUCAUGCAUUUAUAAAAAUGGAUACACGCGCAGGAGCAGCUCGCGCACUUAGCAACAUAAGAACAAAAAUGAAGAUUCGUUGGGCAUUGGGAUUUGGUCCUAAAGAUUGUUUUGAUUAUAGGAAUGGUGAAUCCUUGAUUCCAAUUAGUAAAUUGACAGAAACUGAUAAAAAAUGGUUGAUCACUAGUAAACAAGGAGGUACGGGUAGAAGACCUAUUGUUGGUGGAGUGGUAGUAGAAGAACCGGACAUUGUUAUUGGCGAGGGACUAUCAUGCGGAUCCAUUAAUAAAAAAAUAGGAGGACCUGAACGACGUGAAAGAGAUGAUUGA